GCUUAGACGAUUGAAAUAUUAUUUUAGCUACAAAUUUAAAGAAUUUAGUAAAACCAAAGUUCUAAAACAUUUAAAAACUUAACAUUUAUCAAUCGGUGUUGAUUAAAAUUUGAAUUUUCCUUAUCAAGUCGUCAAAAUAAUCGAGACAUAACAUUCAAGUAUUGUGUGCAUUGCAAAAGACCUAAGUUUGAUGGCUUUGAGUACCAGAGACAAUUUGAGUUGACGAGAGUCUCCAAAAAGAUCGGCGGAUAGCCUGUAGAAUUCGGUGUGGAUUGAGAUGUCGGAUAUCGGCAGCGGAGACGAGGCGAUUACUAGUCAGAAAUAUCAUGGUCAAGGAAUGGACGCGGGCGGGAACAAUUUUGACUCCGGUCAACAGCAGCAGGAGCAGGAGCUGGCGACGAAAAUGCUGCAGAUCCAGUCCAAGCGCUUCUACCUGGACGUGAAGCAGAACCGCCGGGGGCGCUUCAUCAAGGUUGCAGAGAUCGGCGCGGACGGGCGCCGCAGCCAGAUUUUCCUGGCGAUGUCGACGGCGGCGGAGUUCCGCGACCACCUGUCCAGCUUCAGCGACUUCUACUCCUCGCUGGGCCCGCCCAACCCAGACAACGUGCCCGACGAUGGCAAGCUCAAGUCCGAGAUGAUGCUCAAAGACAACCGGCGGUACUACCUGGACCUGAAGGAGAACUCGCGCGGGCGCUUCCUGCGCGUCUCGCAGACCAUCACGCGCGGCGGCCCGCGCUCGCAGGUCGCGCUGCCGGCGCAGGGCAUGAUAGAGUUCCGCGACGCGCUCACCGACCUGCUCGACGACUUCGGCACCGACGACGGCGGCUUCAAGGGCGAGCUGCCUGAGGGCCGGCACCUGCGCGUGGACAACAAAAACUUCUACUUCGACAUCGGCCAGAACAACCGCGGCAUCUACAUGAAAGUCAGCGAGGUGGUACCAUCGUUACAAGUGAAAAGCAACUUCCGCACAGCGAUCACGGUGCCCGAGAAGUGCUGGACGCGCUUCCGCGACAUCCUGGCCGACUACUGCGACAAGAUGUGCCGCGCGCACCACCAGGCGCAGGACCCGCAGAUGGUGGGCCCCGGCGGCGGCGGCGGCGGCGGGCCGGGCGGCGCGGGCGGCAGCGUGCGCCAGACCACCGCGCAGACCACGCCCGUAUUCGAUGUAGACACAUUACCAGGAAACGCGCCGAACCGGAUUUGAUGCGAGGAUUUGAGCGCCUACUACUGAACUGCCGACUAUCGCGACACCGACAGCCCGCCACCGAACCAGACCCGCCGCACGCCGGCGCCG